CCGAGAAUAGACUCCUAGUUUAGCUUCCUUCAUCUUCCUUCCGACCUCUACAAUGCCGCCGCUCCUCCCGCCGGUCGUCUCGUCCUCUUCCGCACCUCUCUUCUGUGCUUCUCUUUCUCCUCCUCUUUCCGCUUCCUUUCUCCUCGUUCAUCUCCUGCCGAGUUGCGACCUUUCGUGCCAUCUGUUAUGAGUAAUGUUAAAAAGAUUUGAUCUUGUCACGCUCUCCUUUCAAAAGCUCACACCUUUAUGUAGUCUCGCCUUAAACUUGCUCCGCUACGCCACUUGCGGCGGCUCGGAGGGCCCCAAAAUGGAGGUUGAGAACGAAUGGGAGAAGCUCCUGAAACCUUUUGAUCUCGAAGCGCUUCGUGAUUCUCUCAACAUCUUAACCCCUCUUCGUCUCUGUAAACUGCUUCAGCUUCCCCUCGACAUCUCGACAUCCAUGCAACUCUUCCAUUGGGCAGGCUCGCAGAAGGGCUAUUGCCACUCCUUCGAUGUGUAUUAUGCUCUUGUUCGGAAAUUGGGCGAAGCCGGAGAGUUUAGUACUAUAGAUCAGCUGUUACGCCAGUCCAAGGAGGAAAGGAUUGUUUUAAAGGAGCGUCUUUUCGUUGUGAUUAUGAGAUGGUAUGGAAAAGCCGGCUUGCCUGGAGCUGCAGUCCAACUGCUUGAUGAAAUGGCUGAUGUAUUCGGCUGUAAGCCAACCUUUCGCUCGUAUAACGUGGCUCUUGAUAUAUUGAUCGGAGCAAAUUGUCAUAGAAUUGCAGCUGAUGUUUUUAAUGCAAUGGUCCGUAGAGGAGUCUCUCCAACCACUUUCACUUUCGCGCGUGUGAUGAAGGCACUUUGUUUGAUCAAUGAGGUUGACGCUGCUUGCUCACUUCUGAGGGGUAUGGCAAGGCAUGGGUGUGUGCCUGACACGGUUAUAUAUCAAACUCUGAUACAUGCUCUCUAUAAGGAGAAUAAAGCGCAUGAGGCAUUAAAGCUUUUGGAAGAAAUGUUUCUCAUGGGCUGUUCUCCUGAUGUCAAUACCUUCAACGAUGUGAUUCAUGGGCUUUGUAAGCUCGGCCAUUUACGUGAAGCAGCCAAGUUGGUUGAUAGGAUGUUGCUUCGCGGGUGCAGUCCAAAUGCUUUGACCUAUGGAGUGUUGUUGCACGGCUUGUGCCGGAAGGGUCAAGUUGAUGAAGCAAGAACUUUGUUGAGUAAAGUGCCUCACUUGAAUGUUGUUUUGUUCAAUACAGUGAUAAAUGGUUACUUGAGUGAAGGGAAAUUUAUCGAGGCCAAGGAUCUUUAUGGUAGGAUGGUGGAAAGUGGAUGUCAACCUGAUGUAUACACGUACAAUAUCAUGAUGCGUGGCCUUUGUAAGACAGGAAAUUUGGGAUCAGCUAUGCAGUUACUUAAAGAGAUGGAGGCCAAUGGUUGUAUGCCAAACGUCAUUAGUUACACGAUCUUAAUCUAUGGAUUUUGCAGUGAUGGUAUGUGGCAAGAUGCUAAUGCAAUUGCAGAAGAAAUGUCCGCAAAGGGGAUCAGUCUUAAUACUGUAGGAUUCAAUUGUCUUAUUUCUGCUUUAUGCAAGGACCAUGAACUUCAUGAGGCCAUGGAGCUGUUUGAAAAGAUGAAACGAGUGGGGUGCAAACCAGAUAUAUUCACGUUCAAUUCUCUGAUAUGUGGCUUGUGCAAAAAUGGCCAAAUUGAAGAAGCAUUCCAUUUAUAUGAAAAUAUAUUUUUAGAGGGUGUAGUUGCUAACACUGUUACCUACAACACCAUGAUACAUGCAUUCUUACAGGCAGGAAAAUGGCAAGAAGCUAUGCAACUUGUUAAUGAUAUGGUGCUCAAUGGUUGUUCACUUGAUAUUAUAACCUACAACGGGCUUUUAAAAGCCCUUUGCAAAGCUGGAGAAGUUGAUAAGGGACUUGGAUUACUUGAGGAGAUGACAAAGAAGGGUAUUCGGCCUACUAAUAUUUCUUAUAACUUCUUAAUUAGUGGGCUAUGCAAGACAAGAAGAGUCCAUGAUGCACUUGAACUCUUGAGAGAAAUGCUUGAUCGGGGAAUCACCCCUGAUAUAGUCACUUACAAUAGUCUAAUAAGUGGCUUGUGUAAGAUGCAGUGGAUGCGAGCGGCUUUAAACCUGUUGGAGAAGCUACAUGCUGAAGGCAUAGCUCCAGAUAUUGUAACUUACAAUACUCUGAUUAGCUGGCACUGCAAGGCAAACAUGCUUGAUGAUGCCUACAUGUUUCUGAACAGAGCAAUAAAUGGUGGAAUUAUGCCAAGUGCUCUCACUUGGGGCAUAAUGGUGAAAAAUUUUACCAGAGAGUCAGUGCUUCUAAUGCCAGAGCAGUAAAGGAAAUUGGAGCCAGGUACUAUUUGUCUUUGUUGCUACUUGCUAAACCUAAUCAGUUUCCAAGACACUUCGACUAAUGCUGUUAUAGUUGCAAGGAAGAAUUAUUUUUUUGGUUUUGUGUAUCAAACACCCAGGCAUUCCAGCAUUCCCCAGGAUUUUUUAGGAGGCUCACUGUCUUGGAGCUGUCUGAUAUUCUGCUUCUUCAAAGAUGCCAAGUAUCAUGGUGAUAAUUGGAAAUAGCUGGUGAACAUUGUAGAAGAUCAGCACUUUGUCAAAUCUGCCACUUGCUUUGUAGUGAUGGAGAUGACUCAAGUGCCAGGGUUAGGAAGUCAAUCUAGCUGCAGCAGAUGCUUGCCAUGGUAUGUGGCAGCCCCUGUGAUACUCAAAGGGCCAUUCUUUAAUAAUGUUCAGGCAAUUAUGUGGUCAAUUGAAGAUUAUAUAUAUAUAUAUAUAUAUAUAUAUUCUUUUGAUAGUUUUCGCCAUUGCGACUCCAAUUUUUCCAAUCACAGGCAGCAGUUGGUGUAGGUCUCAUUGCCAUUUGCAUUAAUAAGAACAAGGCGAUCAAGACCAAGCUUCCAACAUCAGAUCUGUGUGGUGGCCGAAGCUCUUUAUGUAUCAUAGAGAAGAAGAAGACACAAGUAAAUGGGACUGCAAUCAUGCAAUUAGGCAUGGAUACCUUGUUGUUAAUUCCAGACAUGGAUGGACUCUAACAUAGCUGCAUUGAUUUCUAGUUUGGUGAUCUCUGUUAACUAAGAAAUAUAUGAAUGUGAUGUCCCUAUCAUUAUUGAUGGAAGCCUCUUGGUGCUUUUUGUCUGCUAA